CAUACUCCGCUUCCUUCCCUCUCACUGUCACAACUCAUCGUCGCAAAACCACUGAACCAAUCUCGAGAUGGAGUCACGCGUGCUGCUACGCGCCACCGCAACGGUCACCGGCGUCCCGCAGCUGAGGCGACCGAUCAGAGCGAUCAACCGCCAAUUCAGCACUGCGUCGUCGUCGUUCACGGCUUUCGCUAAGCCGAUAGGAUCCAUCGGAGAGGGAGGGAACCUGAUCUCCGGUCGUCAGCUCCGUCCGGUGCUCCUUCUCGAGAGCUCGCCGGAGAAAAGAGAGAUUCUCAAGCCGGUUAGAGCCGCCGCUGCCGAGGGUGGUGAUUCAGCUGGGGAGACGAAAGUUGGAUUCCUCGGGAAGUAUCCGUGGCUUGUCACCGGAUUCUUCUUCUUCAUGUGGUACUUCUUGAACGUGAUUUUCAACAUCCUUAACAAGAAGAUCUACAAUUACUUCCCUUACCCCUAUUUUGUAUCGGUUAUUCACUUGUUCGUUGGAGUUGUCUACUGCUUGGUGAGCUGGUCCGUGGGUCUUCCUAAACGGGCUCCAAUUAACUCGGACAUCCUCAAGGUAUUGAUACCAGUUGCAGUGUGUCACGCCAUAGGCCAUGUUACUAGCAACGUGUCCUUCGCAGCCGUCGCUGUCUCCUUCACUCACACCAUCAAAGCACUGGAGCCAUUCUUCAAUGCGUCUGCUUCUCAAUUCCUUCUUGGACAACCGAUCCCCAUAACACUAUGGUUGUCUUUAGCUCCUGUUGUACUCGGAGUUGCAAUGGCUUCACUCACUGAGUUGUCAUUCAACUGGCUUGGUUUCAUCAGCGCCAUGAUAUCAAACAUCUCUUUCACUUACAGAAGCAUCUUCUCCAAGAAAGCCAUGACUGAUAUGGACAGUACAAAUGUCUACGCUUACAUCUCCAUCAUCGCUCUUUUCGUCUGCCUUCCUCCUGCCAUCAUCGUCGAAGGGCCUCAACUGUUGAAGCACGGUUUCAAUGACGCGAUUGCUAAAGUGGGAAUGACUAAGUUCAUCUCUGAUCUCUUCUGGGUUGGAAUGUUUUACCAUCUCUACAAUCAGUUGGCUACUAACACGUUGGAGAGAGUAGCACCAUUGACUCACGCUGUUGGAAACGUUCUGAAACGUGUCUUCGUGAUCGGAUUCUCCAUCGUUAUCUUCGGAAACAAGAUAUCGACGCAGACAGGUAUCGGAACUGGAAUAGCCAUUGCUGGAGUUGCACUCUACUCUGUCAUUAAGGCCAAGAUCGAAGAAGAGAAACGGCAAGGUAAGACGGCGUAGAGAGCUACGGCCGAGGGCGGUCAACGGUUGCGUAAACAAAUCCUCCGAUGAAUAUCUAUAUAAUAAAAUAACCAAAAAUGCAAUAGUAUUUUGUAUCGUAUAAAUCAAACAUUGUUUUUGAGUUUCUCUUCUCGUUGUUCUUCUUUAUAAAGCUUAUAUAUUAUUUUUUUAUUCUGCGUC